AUGGUAUCGCUGCGAACGCUCAACCUCGCUGGCAACAGACUGAAGGAGUUUGCAAGCAGCUUCCUGCAACUCACCAACCUGGUGAACUUGUUCCUUAACAUGAACAUGAUCGACUGUGUUCCAGCUAGCGUACAGCACAUGACUUGGCUGAAGCUUUUGAACUUCUCAAACAACAAGAUCGGCAGUCUUCCGCUCGAGAUCGGCAAGUUGAACAGUCUCAAGACCUUCAUCAUGUCUUACAACCUCCUCACGACUCUCCCUCCUACCAUCGGCGGCAUGACAGCGCUGACAGAGUUGUCGGUCUCCAACAAUCAGAUCACAAGGUUGCCGCCGAUCCUCGGAGUGAUGACCUCGUUGACGGAAGUGAACAUACAAGACAAUUUCCUCGAUCAACAUCCUGUUGAAGUUGUUGAACAUGCUCUUCUGCUCCAGCUGAAGCUCGAGCUCAACAGGCUGUCAAACAUCCCACCUGAGAUCUCCCGCCUGUCAACUUUGACGUUUCUCAACUUCUCUCACAACCAGCUGAGGACUCUCCCUCCCAGCAUCGGAACUCUGAGCAACCUGACUGUGUUGUACCUCAACGACAACAAGCUCACGCGGCUCCCCAUAGAGCUCGGGCAUCUCUCUCCCACCAUGUUGUCCAGGCUGGACAACAAUGACAUAACCAUCAUCCCCGUCCAGGUAGGAAACUUGACAAGCCUGACGGAGCUCUGGCUCGAAGGGAACAACAUCAUGUUCUUGUCAAGCUCGAUUGGCAAGAUGCAGGAUCUAAAAGUUCUUCACAUGCACAACAACGGGUUGCUGUACCUUCCGGCCGAGAUCGGCAACCUGCAGACACUGAUCGAGCUCAGGAUACCCUUCAACGAGAUCAAAGUGCUGCCGGCUGAUAUCAAGCACUGUUUCAACCUCAGGAAGCUCUCUCUACAACACAACCUCCUCUCCACCGUCUCCGCCGAUGUUCUCCAGAGCCUGACAAACCUCGAGUCUCUCAACAUCUCGAGGAAUCAGAUUGUCUACGUCCCCGGGACCGUCGGGUGUCUGCACGCGCUGCAGAAGCUGCGCAUGGACCAGAACCAGGUCCGAUCGCUGCCGUCGGAGAUCGGAGGAUGUUCCUCCCUGACGCUGCUCUCGAUCACCUGCAACCAGUUCUCCUCUCUUCCCGACGAGCUCUCCUCCUGCUCCCUCCUGACGGCCCUCCACAUCUCAGGGAACCGCUUCUUCCAGCUCCCCCGCUGCAUCGAGAGUCUCAAG